CUUCACACGCACAGUUUUCGACAUUUUUCCUGUCAAAACUCUAAACUUCUACUUUUAAAUAUAAAAGAAUUCCUUAUACGCGGGUGUUAUAUUAACUGGCUGUGGCUGGAGAUAAAACAACAACUUUUAUUUAACUUAUUCGGUUCUGUUUUUAUACUUAAAAAAUCAACAACAAAGUGUCAACAACACAAAACUGAAGAGGUUAGCAUAUAGCUAACUAGCGCUGACUACAGAUACUUGCUGAGCUAGACAGUCUGAGGUACCAGAACCUAUGAAACCGCUCACCAAAGAAUGGCUACUGCUGGUCCAGUCUCUACAGAGGGAGUGAGCACCCCUGGAACUGCUGGAGUUUCUAGGAUGUCAUCCAUGGAAGGUCCGGGCCCCUCGAGUUUAACCCAGACCAAUAAGAAAACUAUCGGUCAUCGCGGGAUUGACCCCACAGGCGAGACUACAUACAAAAAGACAACCUCAUCUGCUCUGAAAGGUGCCAUCCAGCUUGGCAUCACAUAUACGGUGGGUAGCUUGAGCAGCAAGCCAGAGAGAGAUGUGCUUAUGCAGGACUUUGAAGUAGUGGAGAGCAUUUUCUUUCCCAGUGAGGGCAGUAAUGUGACCCCUGGCCACCAUCAUGGCGACUUCAGGUUCAAAACCUAUGCUCCAAUUGCCUUCCGCUACUUUAGAGACCUGUUUGGUAUUCGACCUGAUGACUACCUGAACUCUCUUUGUAGUGAUUCACUGAUAGAGUUAUCAAACCCUGGAGCGAGCGGGUCUGUAUUCUAUGUGUCGAGUGACGACGAGUUUAUCAUUAAAACAGUCCAGCACAAGGAGGCAGAAUUCCUACAAAAUCUACUGCCUGGGUAUUUCAUGAACCUUAACCAGAACAAGCGGACAUUACUGCCCAAGUUUUAUGGACUUUAUUGCAUUCAAGCCGGAGGGAAGAAUAUCCGUAUAGCGGUUAUGAACAACCUACUGCCGCGGUCUGUACCCAUGCACCUUAAGUUUGAUCUGAAGGGCUCUACAUACAAGCGACGCGCCUCACCUAAGGAAAGAAUGAAGAGCGUGCCCACCUUUAAAGACUUAGAUUUCUUACAGGACCUUCCUGAGGGCUUGCUGCUAGAGUCUGAAAUCUACAAUGCACUCUGCAGGACCAUCUCUCGAGACUGUCUGGUGCUUCAAAGCUUCAAGAUUAUGGACUAUAGUUUGCUGGUUGGGAUCCACAAUAUGGACAAGUCUAGGGACGAGACGUCUAUGCCAGUGCCUGAUCAGAAGAGGGCUCAGGGCCAGAAGCCGCUCUACUGCACUGCCAUGGAUGCAAUUCAUUGUGAGGUCAGCGACAGUGCUACACCAGAAUUCAGCGAGAGCAUGGGUGGAAUCCCAGCACGCAACUCGAAGGGGGAGAGGUUACUGGUAUUUAUUGGCAUUAUUGACAUUCUGCAGUCAUACAGGCUCGUGAAGAGAUUGGAGCAUUCGUUGAAAGCCUUGGUGCAUGAUGGGGAUACUGUAUCAGUACACCGGCCUGACUUUUAUGCAGACCGCUUCCAGAAGAUAAUGUGCAGCACUGUUUUCAGGAAAAUGACAAUAAAGGCAUCACCUUCCAAAAAGAGUAGAGGAGUGUCUGGUGGUCGCAAAGUCAGCACAACAUUGACUGGACAAUCCCUGAACUUUCAGCCAGUAGCUACAUAUCUGGCAAAUGCCGAACAGAAUCAACCAGAUGAAGAUACAACCCGGCUACACAGCAACAGUGUCCUGUCCAGCACCUCAGAGACAGAGACAGCAGGGGAUUAGGCGGUAUAAAAAGGACAGACAGGCCUCUGGAUGGAAGGUGAAUGAGCUGAACAGGAAAGAAGUAAAGAAGAAAAAGGUUUCUGAUGUUUUCUUUUCAUUUUCAGCCAUGGUAAAAGAGCAGAACUCAUUUUAAAAGACGGAACUUUAAAGGAGCUACACAAAAUUUUUUUAGAGAUGUUUACUGGGGUGAUUGUUGCAUCCAGUGUUGCUGCUAAAGGGACAUCAACACCAGUUCCAAAUAUUAAUAAAGAAACUGUUCCCUCAUACCUCAGUACAGUACACACAAUUGAUACAUUUUUACCAGACAUGGUUUACCACUGAGGCAUAAAGAUCUCAUCUCAUAAGGAUACCAGGGAUGGAAAUGGACAGCAGUGGCUGAACUUUAAGGACUGAAUAUGUUAGUCUCUGGGCACGUUAAGUUGCUUAAACUCUAAAUAAAUCAAAGAAACACUUAUCUGGUGGAGGUUUUGAUAGGGCAUGCAUGUGAUGUUUUAUUCAUAUAGAAUCUUUAUUUUUAUAUAUUUAAAUCUAAAACAGUUGUAGCAGCUUGGACAGCAGACAUAUCGCUUCUGAUAUGACCAAAACAGAGCUUCAAAUAAAAAGCAAUCUACACCUGUCAUUGUGCUCUAAAUUUAAUAGGGCUGGAUUGAAAUUUGUGGAGCAUCAGGUUUUAAUAAAACCGAAACAUGCCCAACUUUUUUGUAUAACUGUUUCCAGAUCAUCAUUUCAUCAGUGACAGCAAGUCAACCAGGUCUUGAAACUGCAAACACUUAACACUGCCAUGCUCAAAUGUUAUUAUAAAAUGCUUUAUUUGCUGUAUUUGGUAGACAAGAACUGAUGUUUAUCCGUGCUACCAUCUGAAGAUGAGUCAUGGUGACACUAGUUAAUCACCUGCAUCCUGUUUACCAAGGGUCAAUUAUCAAUUCAAACAGUUUGUGUCUGACUCACUUUAUAUCAUUCCCAUGCUUGCAAGCUUUUUUUUUUAGUUACAGAUAGUACAUCAUGUUUGCUAUAGUUAUAACAAUACUUUUACUCAUUUUAUUUAAUGACAUUCUGCUUCUGCUUUAUUAGAUACUAGUAUGAACAUUUUUAACUAAAAUAAUUAAUCCAGAGUCGCUCAGGUGGCUCAGCGGUAAAACACACUAGCACACCAGAGCUGACAUUUCGAACUCGCCGGUUCGAAACUCAGCUCUGCCAUCCGGCUGGGCUGGAUGGCUACAUGUUCAUACAGGAUGGGAGCAGGAUAGGGACUUUUCAUAACUGAUGCACUUACGACCUCUGCUGGCUGAUUGAUGCCAUCUGCACAGAGUCGAGGAAUAAUGCGUUGAUCAGGGUGUGGCUCUCCGUACACAAAGCUGAUCCGCAUAUAAACUCACGUCGUGUAGGUGAAAAGAUGCAGUCGGCUACUGUGCACGUGUCGGAGGGGGCGUGUGUCAGUUGCGAUGCUCCACAGUCAGCGGUGGAGGGCAGUAUCGGUACAGAGGAAGCAUAAUGCAAUCAGGGUAAUUGGAUACGACUAGAUUGGGUAGAAGAUUGGGGGAUGAGUGGAUAGUAUAAAAGAGUGGAUAGUAUAAAACCUGACACAAUAAGACUGUGUUGAUAAGCACACUGUAUUUAAAUGUAGAUGUCCAGGUUAAAAUUGUGUUAUAAAUCUUAUCACACAGCCCUAAAAUAAGAUAACCAUUUUAAUUUUUGUUUCUCGUAAUCUUCAUAUGCUUUAGCACAAAAUUUUUAUUGGUACUGUUUCAUUUACUGUAUCCUUUUGUAUUGUUUUAUUUACAUUGUCUUACAGGUUAUUCUCACAGGUUAUUCUUUGUCUCUUUUCAUAUAAACAUAAACAUAUGUACUUUGGAGUAAAUAUAGCAAUUGCUUAAUCUUAUGAUCUAGUUCAAGUGGAGACAGUUAAACAACCCAGGUCAAGUCAUUCUUUAUUUAUGUAUUAUUUAUUCUAAAUGUGUAUUAUAACUGAUAGCUUUGGGUUUAUGCAAUACAGUAAAAUGUAAAAAACAGAACUACUUCCAGAUUGUACAAAGCUAAAUUCAAAAAAAAAAUAAUAAUAAUAAUAAUAAUAAUAAAGACAGAAAGCAGUGAUUUUAUUUUAUUUUUCAGUGUAUUUAUCUAUAUGCUGAUUUCGAUGAUGAUUUGAUGCCUGCAACACAUUCUAAAAAGCAGUACCAAGCAGGAACAUGUUUAUUACUGUUUUACCUUUUUAUUGAUUAUGUUGGCGGCUCCAUAAUGACACCAAAUGAAUGACACCUAUAGGUGAAUGUGUGUGUGUAUGUGUGUCUGCACUGUGAUGGACUGGCACCCCGUCCAGGAUGUUACUGUGUGCCUUGUGCCCAUUGAAAAGCUGGGAUAGGCUCCAGCACAGCCCCCCUGCUCUGCUUUUAAACUUAACACUGAAAAUAAUCUGAUUGGUUCAGGGUUUUUUUGUCCCUAUACAAAUACAGUAUUUACAUAAACAAUCCAGUAAGACCGCUUUUGUUUCCACUGUACACCAGCUCCAAAGAAUUUGGCUGUGUUUCUGGAUAUGGUUGACAUGGCUUUACUUGCACUAGUGGAUGCAGCAAACAAAAGUACUGACACAGUAUUCCAGAGCCCAUGUGGGAAAUCAUUAUUACAGAAGUAUGUUGUUUCUAAUGCAGUGCCAUCUGAAGGAUUGAAAUUUACACAUUUAUCACAGUGUAGUCAUUUUUAAUUCCCUAUUACAAUUGCUCUGUCACCAGCCGCUUCUUUACACCAGUCAGUGGUAGAUUUUCACAAAGAGCCAUGACAGACAGCCUUGCUAUGCCGUGUUCCUCCACUACGUGUGCCAGCAUCUCAUCCAGCAUUGCAGCAGCAACAAGGUUAAACAUUAUUAAACCUUUCCUCCCUUAAAAGACACUUAAAGUUUACUCAAUAGCAAACUAGCAUAUUAGACUGCUAAACUCCCUGACUGCUAUUUUCUGAAUCUUUAAAAAAAUACUUUGCACUUUAUGUGUCUUUUUAAUCACUUGUAAAAGAAUGCUCAUACAUUUUGCUUAUAAAGGACUAGAUCUUUCUUGCAUACCUUAAUAAUACCAAAGCAUGAUUGCAUUCUCAACAAACCGCAGUGUUCAUAGUAUUAAACUGCCCCUGUAUUGCAGGCGUCAUUUACAGAAAAAAAUUAAUACAUGAAAAAAAUUUUCACUGCUUUCUGUUUUCAUUUGAAUUCUACUCUUUUUUUUUUAAAAUAAUUUUUAAAAACUACAACAAAGAUGUUAUUAAAGUUUAAAGUGGGCUGUGACUCAGUUUGUAUGCGUCUUGGAAUUGGUUCACAAACUUAACUGUUUCUUCAUAAUACUGUACUUAAAAUGUCCUGUUCAUGUCUUUGCAUUCAAUUUUUUUCAAGUUUCCUCAGGUUUCUUUUUAUGAAAACCAGUUUUCUAUUGUCUGUUCAUAAGAAAUCAUUAAAAAGUGAAA